CGAGGCCCCGUAACAGGCGAGGACAAAGCCCAUGCCCUCCCUUGUAAUGCCGCAGGGCCGGUGGUGUCUCCCCGUGUUUGCAAAUCUCCGCAAAGUUCCAGUAAACCCCUAAACUCGGCCCACCAAAGCCACGAAAUUAUUGAACUUCACGCGGUGAUAAAACAAUUACCCAAUCGUGAAUGAAGAGAGAGAGAAAACGUCGGAGAAAAAAAAACGUGUCGAGCAUAAUGCGUGUGUGAUACUGUGAUAAAACCCAUAGACAAGGAAGUGUUGAGGUUUCAUGUGGUGUGGAGGCAGUGGACAGUGAGGGAUAUACCUAGGAUAACACUGUGACGAAGGAGAAAGAGAGAGAGAGAGGGAGGGAGGCAGGGAGUGAGGUUGCGAGCGGGGGCCGAGGCAACCCGACCAAGAGAGAGUGAACAGAACAAAGGUUCUGCUGCAACGUUUCGUAUAUGGCGUAUUCUACAACAAAAUGUGAUAUAUCGAUAGUAAGGAUUAUUCGGUACUUCCAAUGUCAUGAUGUGCAUCCAGAUUUAAUGGAGUUUGUAGCUAACAACGAUAAGGAUGGAGUGGAAAAAUGAUGGAUAACGAGAUGGAAAACUUCCAGGACCUAUGCUUCACGCAUUGAUGGGUAUAUGCUUUUCCUGUAGGAGACCCUCUAGCAAUCGGCUUAAUAACAAGAUUUCAGAGCACAUAUCGGCUUCGGUAACACCCCUUCAUGUUUGUCUGGAGGAACAAGGAGGAGCAGAACUGGGCUCGUGUGACGCCGUGGCUCGCAGGGCGCAGGUUAAAACAAGUGGUGAGCAACUGGGUGAAACGAUUAGCGUUAAAUCGUGGGAGACGGAGGUAGGAUUUACUAAGGGUGGAUGUGAAGAUUGGGGACAACAGCCGAGCAUGGCCAAUACGAUCAGCAACAUGAAGAUGACAAACCCCAUCAAGGGGCUUGUCAGCAAAAGACGAAAACGAUUUACCGAGGAUGGCUUCGAUCUUGAUCUCACAUAUAUACGGGAUAAUUUGAUAGCAAUGGGCUUUCCCGCUGAAAAGCUCGAGGGUGUGUACAGAAAUCACAUCGACGAUGUGGUUAAAUUUUUAGAAUCCAAGCACAAGGAUCACUACAAAAUUUAUAAUCUCUGUUCUGAGAGAUCAUAUGACUGUAAAAAAUUCAAACAGCGAGUUGCAACGUACGCUUUUGCUGAUCACAAUCCACCAAAAUUGGAGCUUAUAAAGCCAUUCUGUGAGGAUGUUCAUGAUUGGUUAUCUGAGGAUAGAAAAAAUGUUGCUGCUGUUCAUUGUAAAGCUGGCAAAGGUAGAACUGGAGUUAUGGUGUGCUGUUAUUUACUCCAUACCAGGCAGUUUUCAACUGCUAGUGAGGCACUGAAUUUUUAUGGCACCAAGAGGACAACUGACAGGAAGGGUGUUACGAUACCUUCGCAGAGGAGGUAUGUGGGCUACUACGCAAUGUUAAUACAGGAGAGCUUGAAUUAUCAGCCAGUUACACUGAUUUUGAGGGAAAUACAGUUGGAUCCAGUUCCAAUAUUUAAUGGGGGUCAAGGCUAUUUGCAUUUUGUGAUAUGGGAAUCAGAGAAACGAAUAUUUAGUUCUGAAACAAUUGAAGUUAGGAAAGGAAUGCCGUCUAUAUCAAUUUCAAUUGAUCAUAAUGUUUCACUGACUGGUGACAUUCGUGUAGAUUUUUUUAAUAAGAAGCCAAAAAUGAAGAGAAAAGAGAAAAUGUUUCAUUUUUGGUUCAACACAUUUUUUGUACGUGAUUACUUGCCACCCGAGUACGGAGAUAAUGGUGAAUUGCCGGUAGAACGUUCAACAAGAGCACUGAGCUGCGACGGUACCGCUAUGGAAUUGCCAAUGGUAACUUCACAUUCAAAAGCAAGAACCAGCUCAUUGGCAAGUCUUGGGCCAAAACCACCAACACUGGUACUUGCCAUUGAUAAGACGGGAUUGGACGAUGCGCAUAAAGACAAACACCAUAAACUUUAUAGUGCGGAUUUUAAGGUGAGUUUACUCAUGCAUCGACAGUGGGAAGUAACAGGAAGUGGUAUAACUCAGACAGUACCAACAAUGGUCCCCAGAGCGGAUGUACAAAUAGGCAUGAGUGGACAGGAGACACCGAGUGAAUCGAGUGAGGCUGACAGCAGUGAAUGUGAAACAACGGGUGACGAGGAUGGAUGGGAAUCAGGUGAGUUCUCAGUAUCACUCGUUGCUAAACGUCAAUCAAUAACGCACAGCAUUAGCCGUACAACACAUCACCAACAGCCACAACAAGAACAACACAACAACAGUAGUAGGAUCGUGGGUAUGAGGGGUGAUAAUGAUAAAAAUCAACAGAGUGAUGAGGAUUUAAAUACCUAUAAUGACCUAUUCACGAGAUCAGUCACAUUGAAUGACACAUGAUGACCUACAAAAACUACAUUUACUUGACCCUUUUUCUGUUGAUUAAUUGAUUUAUCGAUCGGAUAAUUGAUUCAUAUUUGUUGAACUUUUAAAUUCGUUUCUAUUUCUCUGGUUUUUAUUAUCAGAUUGUUUAUUGUUUUUACACGGUAAACACAAUUAUUUUCUCGCAUUUUGCUCUCUUGUCUUUACCACACACUCACCGAUUGAAAUCAGGGUUUAAUUGAUGAAAAAUGAUUUUUAUUUCAUCGAAUAGAAGAUAAUUGAUUUUGGGGUAACGACAAAAAUCAUCUUCUCCAUCAAUUGGACAAGUGUAAAAAUUAUUUGCACAUCCUGAUUAAGGCAUGCACUUGUAGUUAUAAAGAGCAAAAGUGCACGUUACAUUCACAUUCUGUAGAUCGAAUUGCUUGUUUCGUUUUGUUUCAAAGACUGACUCUAAACGUUCCGUAAGUUUGUUGUACUCAGAAUGAUAUGAGCGAUAUGAUUUUCCGAGAUAUUCUAUACCAAUCGUCAAUGAAGUUAUUAAUGAGAGAAUUCAGUUUUAUUUAAUUAAGAGGAGCACUCGUAUUGAUUAAUCUUCGUACAACGUGCACUAGUUGAAUCUACUUAUUAUUAGAAUAAUAGGAAAUAAUUGAAUGUUUAUAAUUGACGCAGUUUCCACUGCCUGCAGUUUAACAAAGUCUUAAAGAUUCGCACUGUUGAUUAUGAUUAAAUGGAUAAAUGAAAUGAUGUGUUCGUUAGGCUGGUUUUGUUGACUUUAAUAUUGGAAUUAAAACGUUGAUUAAUUGAGGUAAAAUACUAUGAGUGAUUUGCGGAGUGAACAAAGGAAAAUGUUGUGAUGUAUUUUUAUUGGAUUUCGUCGUUUUCGGGGAAUUAAUUGAUUAAUUAAUUCCAGAGCUGAGGGAGAUAUGACUGUCGAUUAUUUUUUAUUGCAAAGCCCUCGACAGAAGGAAGUCAAAUAACAUUUUUAAGGAAUAAUUCAAGGAAAACAACAAUGAAAGCGUUAUUCUAUUCUAUGAUCUGAUGGGUAGUUGAAAAAUCUCUUAAUUGCUCUAAAUAAUUGAUUAGUAGUAUUUUUAUGAGAGUGUCCUCAGCUCUGGUGAAUUUCAAAUGCGAUAAAUAAUCUGCUGUGAGCGAAAGUGAAUUUAUUGUCUCGCAUGUUCGAUUCUUUAAACUUAAACAAAAACACAGUAAGUGUUGGAUUAAAAUUAAUUGAUUAUAUUGUACAAUGAUUACGUUGUGAUAUUAUAGUGUUACGAGGUCAUUUGUAUGAAUGCGAUAAUUGCUCGUCUCAGGCUCUCAAUCCCCAAUGUUUUGUUUUUAUUUUAUGAUUUUUGUUGAACAUAUGAGCACGUAGGAUUGUUUAAUCACGUUUUGAUUCACACGAAAGCCGUUUAGUUAUCAUAGUUUUUCUUGAUUGAGCAUGAAGGAUCACAUGCAUGUGUAUUAUGUACAUGAUCAUUGUGCUGAGCGAAUUUUCCCUGAUGUUCAGGAGGGAAGUGGAGAAAUGAGAUGGGGCGAUAAUUCAACAUUGAAGAUGGAAAUUUUAAAAGUUGUUAAUUAAUCUCGUCAUUAAUUAAGUCGAGGUGAAUAUUGAAGAGAACUGGAAAAUAAAUCAUCUCAUUCUUCCUUUGAAACUUUCCAACUGAACGAAUACAUCUCCAAUAUGAAACAACUCCAAUAAAUACAGGAAAAUAAUCCUCUCAUUUCAUUGAAUCACACACAACAAAGAGAAAAAAAAAUUAUAAAAUAAUUUCACAAAUGUGUGUCUGUUACCAUUCAGUGGACUUGGAUCAGCGGGUCGGCCGUUAUCGUCUACUAUCGGAUGGAGGAAUGAUAGAUGUUUUGUGAGCCCCGUGUGGACAAUUCACACAUAAUCCCUCACGGCCAUCUUUAAUUCAUCCCUUCGAGCUUCAAAUAAUGACGCUAAUGAAAAUUCAUUUGAUUUAGUGACAAAACAAAACGAAAUGAUAAUUUAUCGAUCGAUUAUUAUAAUAAUUAACGUCCUGAUAUUCGAUAUUCACGUGGUUUGCUACUGGUCCAAUGGUUCUGGAGUAUUUUUGAGGGUUUGAGAUAACGAGCGAGGCGAGAUAUAUAUUUUUUAAUUACCUAUUUAAUUGGAAUCACCUGCGUUAUCGUGAUAUUUAUAAUUUUAAUUAUUUUAAUGACCGGAGGAAAAUGGAAAAUGAAGAGGAUUUUUUUUUGUGAUUACGCAAAUCUUUCAUUGUCUUCGAAAAUAGCAAUUUGAAAAUUUUUUCGUAAGACUUGUUCCCUCCAAGAUAAACCGAUUGUACCAGAACAUCUCAACUCAGGGGAACACAUUUUUUAACGAGUACGUAAUUAUUCAUAAUAAGGAACUUAUAAACAUCAUCUCAAAAAUUUUGUGUCAUCUCAGUGGAAAGGACAUUCACACCUAAAUUAACUAAUCACAAAAAAAAUCCUUGAAUCAUUACAUUUGUUUAGUGCACUCGAUUCUCGCACAUCCUUACCAAAAAGCUCACAAAACAAUCCGACAAUCGUUCAUUCCCACAACGGGAUUAAUGGCCUUAAUAAAGUCCACGUAGAUUUUCAGUUAAUCACCUAGUUAAACUAGACAAUUAUAUGCCUAAAGUUUAGGCACGCUCGUUAAUUGUUGGUGAGCCCAAUGCGGCAUUGCGCAAACACUCGAAAUUCUUUUCCAACUGUUAAAUGCUUGACACCAUCAGGAGAAAAUAAAUUGAAAGUUUGAUUAGGCUGCAACUGAAUCGAUUAUCCAAGGAUUAAGUGAUAUCAAUCAUCUUCGAUUUUUUUUAUUAUUUCGUAAUUAUACGAGGGAGGAAGGUGCGAGAGUGACAGAGCGUUCAAAAAUUAUUACCUUUAUUAUUAAUUGAUGAUGAAUGAGAGGGGAGUGGAAAUCUUAGGGGAAGGGGAGGGGUAAACUAACGAUUAUAUAAAUAAUAGGACUAUUUUCAUAAGUGAUAAAUUGUAAGUCAAUAAUUAUCGAGUAGCAUGGGAGAGAAAAAUGUGAAUUUGUGAGAUCGAUCUAAUGGGAAAGCAUGAGUUGCUAUUCGAGAGGUGCGAAUAAUCGGUGAGUGUGUGUAUGUUUAUCAAUAGUUAAAUUACAUUGAAGAAAAUCAAGGAUUAACGCGUGAUUUUUAGAUUUUUUUCCUCCACUUUUUAUAUCAGAAAAAUAAUUAUCUCGAUGGAUUAGAAGAAUGUCUAAUGACUUCACAUCUGUGUAAUGAUUUGUAUAAACAAUUGAGUUAUCAAUGGAUGGAUAAAAUAAUAAAUGUUGAUAUGAGUGA